CUGUGAGUGGUGUUGUACUAGGUCCACUUGCGGCUGCUAGUUUAGUAGGUGCGGCUGGAUUCGGUUCAAGCGGUAUAGCAGCUGGAUCAACUGCAGCAUGGAUGAUGUCAUUGCAAGGUGGCGCUACCGCUGCGGGUAGUCUCGUAGCUGUUCUGCAAUCAGUUGGCGCGGCUGGAUUAGGCGUGACAGGAACUCUCUUAUCGAGUGCUUCGGGUGCCGCGAUUUUGAGUGGUUUGUCUGCAUAUAUCACGAACAAUCCAGAAAAGCUAGUUGAAUUAGAAAAUUUUGUUAAGAUAUAUGAGGAAG